AUGGAAACCGACUCCUAUCAGGAAUCUAUUCGCUGUGGUGCAUCUCGGUCACUUGCCAUCUUCAUCCGGAUUAUAUCAACCUUUGACAUCACAGGAAUCUUUGAUCCAGAUUUCACGCUGCCUGGGUCAUUUUCGUCUCGUGAAACGAGCCUUUAUCACUCACAGGAAAGUCGAACGUCCACCUGGGGUCUCCCCAGCUCCGUCACUUUGAUGGACUUUAGCGGUGCCACGGGCGUGUCCGUCUCACCUCGGAGCUCUGCUUGUGGCGAUGAGGCUCCUCCAGUCGCCUAUCAAACAUAUGACCUGAAUUGCGAGAGUCCCCAAUUCGCAAUGCCACAGCCCACCGAAACCUCGAUGGAGUCUGGCGAGCCCUGGAUUCUUCCGUGCGAGCCAUCACCUUCCCCAGAGCCUGACGAUUGCUUGUGGGUCAGCAACGAGAUCAUAACGAGGCUAAGGGAUGGAAUAUCUCAGCAGAGCUUAUCGCAGUCUCCAUACCCACGCGAAUGGAGUUCUUGGCUCCAAAAUGAUUGCUUUGCUUUGUUUGGGCCGAACAGCCUAAGGAAAUUCACGGAAGAAUACUGGAGCACAUGGCAUAUCCACUGGCCGGUCAUACAUAGAACAAAAUUUCGCAUACCGACUGCCUCGGCUGCUCUCGUCGCUGCCAUGGUACUGCUUGGUGCCAGUUAUUCUUCAGAUGCCACUACGAGGGGACGUGCCCGUUAUUGGGCCGACUCUGUCGAAGCCAUGGUGUUCGCAGACGAAUACUUUGGCAGUGCCACUGUUUUCUCCGCCUUAAAUGCGGCGUGCAUGGAAAGGCGCCUGCGAGCACUGCAAGCUGGACACGCUAUGUGCAUAUAUCAGACAUUUGAGGGAAACACCAUGGCAAGGCGAAGAGCAAGACGUUCCCGAUUCAAUGAAGUUGUUGCUAAUGGUCGACACGAAAAUCUCGAACAUGUCACAAUAGACAUGUUCAGGUGGGAGGAGUUUAUCUUGAAGGAAGAGCUCAUUCGAACUCUUGUGUAUAUGAUUGUUCUUGACAGCAGCUUUGUUAUCCUCUACAAUACAAUUCCUAGGGUCAUGGUCUCGGAAAUGCAGACGGCCGUCGCCUGCCCUGAAGCCUGUUUUCAGGCCACCACCGAGUCCGAAUGUCUCCAGCAUCUUCGUGCCUGGAUGUCACACCCAUUGUGGAAAGGACGGCGCAUGUCCAUUGCCGGCGCAUUCGAAAUUCUGAGCGGAACAGACCUGGACUUCCAAACACAGCAAAUGUUCGCACAAUUCGGCGAUUUAAAUCUAUAUAUUCUCACAUGUGCAUUCCACUCGACGGUCUUCUACAUCAGAAAUUUUAUUCUGCCAUUCGAUCACACAGUAUCUAUAGCAAACUUCUCCCGGAAUUGGAGGAGGAUAUGGACGCUACGCAAAUUAUUGAGAUUUAGAGAAGCUUUUGGAACCCCUGCUCAAGCCAUGGAAAAUGAGGCUGUGCGAAUGGAAAGAUGGAGACAGACCGGCUUCAUGAAAGAGGCCUUGCAAUUCUGGCUACUCGGACAGAUCAUGUUGGAAAGCAAGAAACCCAGCAAAGUGGACAAAAAUUCGGAAUUCAGCAACAACAAUGCUCCCAUUCAAUUCGACCAGCCAUGUAUGAAUGACCUCAAACAAUAUCUCAGGGGAUUUGACAGAACCUCGACCUGUAAAUGA